CGCAAGCGACUCUGCUGUAUCCGUUUUGGAUGCUGCGUCUGCGCUCUUUGAGAAAAAUGACAGGAGAUGGCGUUUGCGCAGGCUCAUUGACCACACUGUUUUUCCAUGUCUGUCUUUGGACUGUCGCGGGCUUGCGUGUACAGUAAAGAGCUUUGUGUAUGGAUUAGCGUCACUACUUUGUCGCUGUUUCGAGAUUCUUUAAUAUGUGACUGAGCGAGUCACGGGGGCUAACUAGCUAGCUAGAUGUCAAGGCUGUCAUGUGUGGAAUUAAUGACAUUUAACUUCGUGUUGUUAGCGAGCUGGCUAGCUUGCGCACUCCGGUUCUGACACUAACUUGGUCAAACCAGCAUGACAGCAUGAAUUUAGCCACGCUGUGAACCAUCAGUUAGAAAGUGCUUCGCAUUAAUUAACGUUAGACAUGACGGAAGCGACUUCCAGGUUUGAGCAUGUAAAAAUAUGAGCCAAGAUGGAGAGCCUGGUGCAUUACAUCAAUCCCGCACAUGCCAUCUCCCUGCUCGGUGUCCUCAAUGAGCAGCGUCUGAAAGGUCAGCUCUGUGACGUGAUCUUGAUUGUAGGGGACCAGAAGUACCAGGCUCACAAGAGCGUUCUCGCCGCGAGCAGUGAGUAUUUCCAGUCCCUCUUUGUCAGGAAACAGUCGGAAGCACAGGCUGCGGUCCAGCUGGAUUUCUGUGAGCCAGACGCCUUUGAGAAUGUGCUAAAUUAUAUUUACUCCUCAUCUCUGUUUGUGGACAAAGGCAGUCUGGCAGCGAUUCAAGAGCUGGGAUACAGUUUAGGAAUCCCCUUUCUGACCAACAUAAUGUCAGCAAAGCCUCAGGUUUCUUACAGUGUGUCCAGAAAGAGGAUGUCCUUUUCCGGUGAGGAUGACAAUGGUUACCAGCAAAGAAGUGUCAUUGUUCGUCAGAGUCGCAGCGAUCAACCCGCCGCCAGUUCCUCUCAUCUCAAGGGCCUAAAUCUGCAGGGAAAAUCUACAACAAAACAAACACCCCCCAAAGAGAUGUUAUCUACUGAGCCUCUUGGUGAAACCUGCCAGUUUACAGGAUAUGACAAACAAGUUGAAACUUCAAGGAAUACAACGCCCAUCCUCAGAAAGUCUACAGAACCAACUGGGAGUCUUGGCAACACAUCAAGUCCAUCCGCUUCUCUCUCGAGGGAGAGAGUAUUAUACACUUCAUGCACUCGACCACAGCUGACCACUUCGGUUUCCUUUAGUGAAUCUCAGAUACAGCACAGCAGGUUACAGUCAGACGCUGUGGGCGUUAGAGAUGAGCCAUCUACCCCGAUGUACAAUCCAAAACAGGCAUUUCCAAGCAAGGCAAGUGAAUCGAGCCAGACCAUUGACAGAAGUGGCCCACUCAUAAAAAGUCUGCUGCGCAGAUCAUUGUCCAUGGACAGCCCCGUUCCAGUCUUUUCGCCAGCGCUGGAACUCAAAGCAGCGCAGAGCCGAGAGCAGUCUGUUGUGAAGAUGGCAACGAAGAAUUCGACUGACAGGGAGCCAGCAGAGCACAAACAUCAGAAUGCAAAUGCAGUCCCACCUUUGAUUCUCAAAUCCAGACAGUGCAAUAGAUAUGAUGAGGAGGAUGCUCACAGAGCUGAGGUCCAUGUGAAAACAGAGCCCAGCAGCCCGCUGGCUGAUCCAUCUGACAUUAUACGCAUUACCGUCGGUGAUAAUUUGCCAGUGAACUUCAGGGACUUUCAAGUUAACUUUGAUGAGGGGCCCAGAGGAUUUUACAAACAUUCAGGAAAAAGAAAGGCAAGACUGGACAGCAGGAGGAAUCCAAUUAAAAAGUCCAGGGGUAUGAAUGAACCAGAUUUUGCACCUGAGGACAGCAGGCUGACCACCACACCUCAUAGUCAGAUUAAGGAUGACAAUAUUGAAACGGGUGAAUCAAGGCAGAACAGAAUGUUUAAAUGCUGGAAUUGCUUAAAGGUUUUCAGAUCAAAUGCUGGAUUGUACCGCCAUGUGAACAUGUAUCAUAAUCCAGAAAAACCCUACUCCUGUGACAUUUGUCACAAACGGUUCCACACAAACUUCAAAGUUUGGACCCAUUGCCAGACGCAGCAUGGAGUUGUACAGAACCCAGCACCGUCCUCUAGCUCCUACACUGUCCUGGAUGAAAAGUUUCAGAGGAAGCUGAUUGACAUUGUGCGUGAAAGGGAAAUCAAGAAAGCUUUGAUCAUGAAGCUCAGGCGAAAUAAGCAAGGAAGUUUGCAGUCACAACCAUUUGGCAAAAGGAGUCUGAGAACAAGGUCCAGGUCUUACAUGUGCCCUUAUUGUGGGAAGUUGUUCUGGUUCCAGUCUCAGUUCAAACUGCAUCUGAAGAUGCACACAGGUGAGAAAUCUGACCUUGACGUGGAAAGAGGAGAAGAACUACUUCAAACGCAGGACCAGACAGUUCACUUAAAAGAAAACAAAAGCAAAGAGGUCUACCCUUGUCGUCUUUGCAAUGAGAAACUGACCUCACUGUUUGAGCAGGGAAACCAUGAGAGGGGGUGCAGGCAUGCAACCGUGUGCCCAUACUGCGGUCUCAGAUUUUCAAGCCCGUCGGUUAAGAAGGAACAUGAGACGCAUUGUGAGUACAAGAAGCUGACCUGCCUGGAGUGCAUGCGCACCUUCAAGUCCUCCUUCAGCAUAUGGCGGCACCAGGUGGAGGUGCACAACCAGAACAUGAUGACUGUAAAGGAGCAGAUGUCUCUCAGUCUCCGGGAAAACAACGGAGAAGUCUCAGACCACCUCAGACCCCUGGGCCCCAGCCUGGAGCCUGUAAGUGCAGGGACCUCCAAAGAGGAGAUUGUUUACAGUGAUUCCUCAGGGCCGGUGAUGUUCGAUUCAGAGGACUCGUCUUUCAUGCCAGAGGACCUGAGCAUUCCCCAGCACCAGGGGGAGCUGAAGGUGAAGGAGGAGCCACAGGAGGAGGCGGUAGAUGACAGGGCGGGGCCAGCGUCCUUAGAGGCGGGCCCUGAGGAGCCUGGCGUGUGGCCGUGUGAAAAGUGCGGCAAACUCUUCAGCACGCACAAGCAGCUGGAGCGCCACCAGGAGCUGCUGUGCCACAUCAAGCCUUUCAUUUGUCACAUCUGCAACAAAGCCUUCAGGACAAACUUCCGCCUCUGGAGCCACUUCCAGUCCCACAUGUCCACCUCGGACGAGGCCGGGGCCAGGGAGUGCGACAAGCGCCCCUCCUCUCCCUCCCCCUCUCCACCUCCAGCCACAUCGGCCGCUUGGCCGCCCGCUCCGCAAGUGUCGUCACCAAAAUCCACCCAGCUGGCAGCAUCAGAGACAGCGGGGUCAUCACUGACCACAUUCAAGAAUCCAGAGCAGGAAAAACAAGACAACAGUCUCCUGCCUAAGGCUGACGCUGCAGAUAAGCCUCUUACUCCUCAGGAAUCAGAUACGCUGUUUUACCAUGCACCUACUCUCUCUGCCCUGACCUUUAAGAGACAAUACAUGUGCAAACUCUGUCACAGGACCUUCAAGACUGCUUUCAGUCUUUGGAGCCAUGAACAGAGCCACACCAACCCAUAAUAUAAAGCAUAGGCUAUUUUGUAUACUUUUUUU